AUAAAAAAGAUUGCUUCGCAUUCACUCGAAUCCUCGAAAACACGCUUACCUCUCGUUGAACGAUCUUAACCGAUUCCUUUAUGCGCUUUCCGUAAAAUACGAUUCGAGAAUUUUUUUUUCUUCGUAUGUACUUACGUGUGCGUGCGUGAAUCUAUUUUUCAACGAGUUUAUGCAGUUUUUUGCGUUUAUAAUCUAGGUAAUUAAAAUUAAAUUAUGUAAUUUAUUAUUGAAAUUUUGUAUUGCGGUGAAAUAAGAGUAUAAUUUUUUUAUCAACUUUUCGUACAAAUUUUUUUGGUGAGAAUAAGUAAUAUCGAAUUUGAUUUUUUCUUCCUUUUUUUGGAAAAAUAAAGAUUACGAUUUGUGUUGUGAAUUGUGUCUGUGUUGUGAACCAUUUUUCAUUCAUAUUGCGAACCACCUGCCGAAUGAUUUUUAGCCAAUGGUUUUAUCGAAAGAAGGAGAAGAAGGUAUAAUAAGUCGACUACACGAAACUUCAAAUAUUAUUGUUCCAGAGACGAUAAGAUACUAAAACUUGAAGGAAAUUUAUUCAGUUCCCCUUCAUGAAGCAAGUCGGUCUCAUGAUAGUUGGUGAUUUCUUUACGCAUGAUGGAAAGUUAAGCUUCUCUAAAAGGAAAUAAAUCUCGUCAUUUAACAUCUUUUCAGACAAAACGGAAAUUUCGAAACCGCCAACUACCGUAACUGUCGACUGCGAAAAUUCCAGCAACAAAAAUUGAAUACAUACCUAUCAUAGUGUAUAUGUACACGUGGGCGGUAAAACAGCACAUUUCAAGUGAUGGAAAAAUCGUUUCUACGUGUCGUUAUAGAUCCUUCAUCAGUUUACAAAUACGAUGUAAAGCAUAUAAAACGCUAAAACCAUUUAAUUUGUGAAACAACGGAGGGUAAAUUUUAGAAAAAAACCGGUACUACUCGUACUGGGCUGUAGUAAACUGACGUGAAAAAAAUCCAGUGAGUAACAAAAAGAGAAAUUAUCGAUGUUAUCGUCAAGAUUUCUCCAAUGCGAUUAUUGCCAAUGGGUACUCUAACGCACGAUGCCUGUGUUGCGAUUUUAAAACAUUAAUUCCGAUUUUGUUUCAAGAAAUGAAUUUUUCGGAUGAAGAAAAAUUUUUGAGCAGUGAUUUCUUCAACGAGACGAAAUUUUUGAACAGUAGUUUAUUGAACGUUACUAGCUUAGUAUACGAUUUAGAGUAUUGUGCGUCAGAUAAUUCCAGUAAAGAAGACCAAGAAAACGAGAAUGUGAAUAUAUUAUUCAACUUUGUGACAUAUGGCAUAUUACUGAACUGCGUUGGAAUUUUCGGGAUAUUCGGUAACAUAAUUUCGAUGAUAAUACUAUCCAGACCACAGAUGAAAUCAUCUAUAAAUUAUUUAUUAAUUGGUCUAGCCAGAUGCGACACUGUUUUAAUUAUAACAUCCGUUCUGCUGUUCGGCAUGCCUUCCAUAUAUUCGGCUACAGGACACCUUUUUAUAUAUUAUUACCGAGUGUACCCAGUGAUUGCUCCUGUUGUUUUUCCAAUCGGCAUGAUAUCGCAAACUGUAUCCGUUUAUUUAACGUUAAUUGUAACUUUGGAACGAUUUGUAGCGGUUUGUCAUCCUUUGCAAGCUAGAUCUCUGUGCACAUGUGGCAGAGCUAGACUCUACGUUAUUGUAGUGAUCAUUUUUUCAGUAUGUUAUAACAUCACUCGGUUCUGGGAAGUGGAUAUUCUGGAAUGCAAACAUAUUCUGUACGAUGUAUCAAUAUACAGAGUGUACCCGUCGAAAUUACGAAACAAUACGCUGUACAUUAAAAUUUAUAUCCAUUGGAUGUACCUGAUAUUCAUGUACUUCAUCCCAUUCGGAUUUCUCUCCGUGCUGAAUACCGCAAUUUACAGACAGGUCCGAAAAGCGAAUCAAGAAAGACAGCGUUUAUCUAGAUUACAAAAGAAAGAAAUAGGAUUAGCAACCAUGUUGUUAUGCGUAGUCGUUGUAUUUUUAAUAUGUAAUUUAUUGGCGUUGGUCUCAAAUGUACUGGAGGCUUUUUACGGACAAACAAACGAUUUUUUAGUAGAAACGGGAAAUUUAAUGAUAACGAUAAAUUCCUCUGUAAACUUUGUAAUUUAUGUGAUAUUCGGAGAAAAAUUCAAAAGACUGUUCUUCAAGUUGUUUUUUCCUCACGGACUGAGGUUUUGCGGUAACGCUUUCGGAGGAAGAGAUUCUCCUGAACACAUUCACGAAGAUAGUUUCAUGUCAUGUAACGGUGAUCGGAGUUAUUCCAUAAGACAACAUUUGCAAAGGAUAAACACUACUUAUUCGAAAAAUAACAGAAGUAUAAACGUUAACCCACCCGGUAGAAAAGUACAAAGUACUAGAAUUCCAAGAGCGUCAUCUCCUGGUCCUUGCAUUUACUAUCCUGCUCGAGAGAGCAGAGGAUCGUGGGAACAAACUAGCACUACAAAUUUUUGAAAACGUACUUAAGUAUAAUAUUUUUAAUCCAUUUUCUCGUUUUUUUCGACCAAUUUUCAUUUUCCCCCUUGAAUGUCCUUUCUUGUUUUCCCUCGUUGUCGUUUUUCUUUAUACAGCGUGUAUCGAUGCGAAAUGUAAAUAUUCAUGUUUCAAUUUAAUGUUAUAAAUUUUUUUGUUUACAUAAAUGUUAAUGGUUUUCUCAUUUUAAUUGUAUUGCAUUCAUCGAAAUAAAUGAAUAAUUGGGUGUA